UCUUCUUCAAGGCCCCCGACCCUUUUCACAGGCAAGGAAGGCAACAAUUCAUAUGUUUAGAAGAAGAAAAACCUACAUGUUCUCUCGACAAUUUCUGUCAGUAAGUUCUCUGCAGUUUAGUUUACACUUCAAAAAUGAGGAAAACAGUUGAUAAGGACAACGAAACUAAGACCAUGGACAACAAGGAAACCCCAGGGUCUGAAAAUAAGAAGUCUUACUGCAAACGGAAUACUGUUACAAGUGAACGGUCACACUAUUCUCCGUGGUUAUCCAUUUUGAAGAAGGCGAUCUUACUGCAGUGUAUCGUCUACAUCUCUCUGCCUGUCAUGCUCGGCCUGUUUCCAUGGAUACUAGGCCAUGUUGUCUUUUCUCACUGGUGUACGAAGAGGAUAAGGUUUCCGUACCUUGUGGACCUGACCAGUCCAGCAGAGCUCUCCCUGAACCACACUCUAAACUUUUACCUCAGUCCAGAGGAGGGGAUCUCACUGGGUGUAUGGCAUACGGUUCCCGACAGCCAAUGGGAGAAGGCCCAGGGGGCCUGCCCUGAGUGGUACAGUGAGACUCUGGGAGAUGGUUCUCCUGUUAUCAUCUAUCUCCACGGCAACGUGGGCUCCAGGGCCAUAAACCACAGAGUGGAACUUGUGAAGAUCCUAAGUGCAGCAGGGUAUCAUGUACUGUCACUGGACUACAGAGGUUAUGGAGAUUCCAGUGGGGAACCCAGUGAGGUUGGGAUGACCUCUGACGCCCUCUAUCUGUACCAGUGGGUAAAGACACGCAGCAGGACCAGCCAGGUCUGUCUGUGGGGACAUUCCUUGGGCACUGGGGUGGCCACCAACGCUGCUGUAAAGAUACAGGAACAGGGUGAGUUACUCCCUCCAGCUCCAGACAGGUCCUCCACCAGCUCCAGACAGUUCCUCCACCAGCUCCAGACAGUUCCUCCACCAGCUCCAGACAGUUCCUACACCAGCUCCAGACAGUUCCUUCACCAGCUCCAGACAGUUCCUUCACCAGCUCCAGACAGUUCCUUCACCAGCUCCAGACAGUUCCUACACCAGCUCCAGACAGUUCCUUCACCAGCCCCAGACAGUUCCUUCACCAGCCCCAGACAGUUCCUUCACCAGCUCCAGACAGUUCCUACACCAGCUCCAGACAGUUCCUACACCAGCUCCAGACAGUUCCUACACCAGCUCCAGACAGGUCCUACACCAGCUCCAGACAGGUCCUACACCAGCUCCAGACAGUUCCUACACCAGCUCCAGACAGUUCCUACACCAGCUCCAGACAGUUCCUUCACCAGCUCCAGACAGUUCCUUCACCAGCUCCAGACAGUUCCUACACCAGCUCCAGACAGUUCCUACACCAGCUCCAGACAGUUCCUACACCAGCUCCAGACAGUUCCUACACCAGCUCCAGACAGUUCCUUCACCAGCCCCAGACAGUUCCUACACCAGCUCCAGACAGUUCCUACACCAGCUCCAGACAGUUCCUUCACCAGCUCCAGACAGUUCCUACACCAGCUCCAGACAGUUCCUACACCAGCUCCAGACAGUUCCUUCACCAGCUCCAGACAGUUCCUACACCAGCCCCAGACAGUUCCUUCACCAGCUCCAGACAGUUCCUACACCAGCUCCUGACAGUUCCUCCACCAGCUCCAGACAGUUCCUACACCAGCUCCAGACAGUUCCUACACCAGCUCCAGACAGUUCCUUCACCAGCUCCAGACAGUUCCUCCACCAGCUCCAGACAGUUCCUCCACCAGCUCCAGACAGUUCCUCCACCAGCUCCAGACAGUUCCUACACCAGCUCCUGACAGUUCCUACACCAGCUCCUGACAGUUCCUACACCAGCUCCUGACAGUUCCUCCACCAGCUCCAGACAGUUUCUACGCCAAUCAAAUAUGUUUUUAAAUCCAUGACAGGGAAAAGUGUGGAGAAUCGGACAUAUAGUUUGUCAGUGGUGAUGAACAAAGUCAGAAGUCUUCAGAUCCAAGUGAGCGGACUCUGAUAAAGGUUUAGUUAGUUCAGUCAUACCUCAAUAGGUGGACUGUGGGCCGGACCCAGAACGGAGGUCAAUACCGUCAACAAAAAAAACAAAAAAACCUGCAGGAAAUUAAGUUUAAACCUGCUAACUUUUCUCUCUGCCAACAAGAGGGGUUGUGAAUAGUUUGGGUUACGAGCUGGGGGGUUUGUUACUACGCCGAUAAAUUACAAUAUCGAACCGGACCUUUGCCAUCUAGGACAUUUGAGCAUUUCUGAUCUAGUUCGUUUAUCUACCUUCACAGCUACCAUUGAUUUUUGAUUCCCCAAUUUAUUCAUCUGAUUUGGAGGUACACUCAAUUGUUAUUUUUCCUGUUGUUUUCAACGUCAGUGACCGGUCUUGAUAGCCUGCGUGCCAGUCUGUUUGCGCUGCCAACGUCAGUGACCGGUCUUGAUAGCCUGCGUGCCAGUCUGUUUGCGCUGCCAACGUCAGUGACCGGUCUUGAUAGCCUGCGUGCCAGUCUGUUUGCGCUGCCAACGUCAGUGACUGGCCUCAACGCAAUCUCAACGUUCAGUAUGCAGCUGGAGUUUAUGCAAGGGUUCCACUGAUAGAACCUCUAUUAAAAAGCAUGACACCCCACAAAAAUGUGUAGAGGUGCUGACUGAGGGAGAAUAAAAUGUAUAAAAGAAAAGGAGACACACUCGACACACGCUCCAAACAAUUUAAAGUGAUGCUCCGGAACUUUUGUAUAAUUUCAGCCAGUAGUUUUGAUAGUGGUGCUCAAAAGCCAAACCGGGUCCCUGUUUUGUGUGUACUACGUCCUCCAUUUCAUAUGUAAUUUUACAUCCUGCUUUUUGGUUUGCAAUUCGUAUAUUAUACACACAGUACCAGUCAAAAGUUUGGACACACCUACUCAUUCCAGGGAUUUUCUUUAUUUUUACUAUUUUCUACAUUGUAGAAUUAUAGUGAAGACAU